UUCAGUGACGAGAGCCGCACGCCCGAUGCUCCGCCCAGCCGGAGUCCCGCGGAGGUUUGGAUCUAACGUUCCAGCAAUCUGGAAUGAAAGCACAAGCGUGCGCUUCGUGCCGACCCUCUCAAGACUUGUGUGUGUGUGCGGGUGUGGGUGUGUCCAUAAGUCGUCCAGAACGAAAACGCACGUGGCACAUGGGUGCGUCCCGUCCCCCCUCGCGCGGCGCCCCCGACGACAGAACUCUUUACCGCAGUUUUGGUUGUCGUGGUCAGAAAAGCCUCGGGGCGGACGUGCGUGCGUGUGUUCCCUCGCGGGACUUCCCUAAAGCAGCAGCACUACAGCACCCGCCGUGCUUUUGUUCCAAAAGAUCAAUAACGUCAUCCACUUUUUCCGAGCAGGUCCGAGGAAAUAGGAAGGAGAGAGCAUGCUCCGUGGCGCCUGGUCAGUCAAUUUUGCGAGAGAUGCAGCAGAAGCUGAGGUUUUUGAGUUUCCUCCCCCGCGGAGCUUCACUUUUAUGCGGGUGUCGUCCGAGAAUGGCACAGUGGCCUGCACUGCACUCGACGGCAGGUGAGCGAUUGGGUGGUCUAUUGGCUAGUCUCGCAGGCAGCUCAGGGCUGGCUUUGCGUUUAACCACGGUGUUGGUACCCGGAAAAAUUAGUGAAUGGUGGUGUCACAGAAGCUUUCCUUGUGCUGUUAGCCCCGUCGUCGUCCGUAACGUCAGCGAAUGAGCGCCUUGGUUGGUCUUUUUGGCCCCCGCACACCAUUGUUAAGCUCGGACGUGAUGACCCGACCUCGUGGUCCCGGUGGCCUCCACAUGGCACAGUCAAAGGCGGAUCAAAGGUGUGUGCACUGAUGACUUUCGCAUUGUGUGAAGCAGAACCUUUGCUAUUGUCCUGUUGUAUGGCUUUCC